UGUCCUCAGUCUCUCGCCCCUGGACACAUUAAGCAGUCAAACAGAGCUGCGCCAUCUGCGUGUGAGUCUGCACGUCCAGCUGAUUGUGUUUACUUCCCAUCGGUGAUGGAAAACACACGCUGCUUUGCGAACCGCUUCUCCGACUACAGAGGUGCGCUGCUGCCGGGCCAGAGCGUCAAGGUCAUCGCGCCCACCGUGGUGGCCACCGUGGACAAAAUCCUGAAGAAUGUCCCCAUCGACUUCAGCGACUGUGACGGAGGACUGUACGAUGGACCAGCCGGGGUGGCGUACAUGCUGUACCACGUCAGCGAGUGUCCGCUCUUCUUUCAGCACCGGGAGGUCUACUUGAAGACGGCCAAGCAGAUGAUUGACCUGUCGGUCAGAUAUGUGGACGCGGAGCCGGAUAUAAAUAUGCGCGCCGCCUUCCUGCUCGGCGGGGCGGGCAUCUACGCGGUGGCCGCUAUGAUAUACAAGUCCAUGGGCUUGGCUGAUUUCGUUAAGCCGCUCACGAAAUUCCGCAACCUGUGGGAAGUUUGUGCGCCUAUCAAUUUUCUGGAAUGCGGUUCGGAUGAGCUGUUCGUAGGCCGGGCUGGUUACCUGUGCGCCGCCCUGGUUCUCAGACAGAAGCUGGGCAUAGAGAUUCUCAGCAAGGAUCAAAUCAAAUCUAUUUGCCAGGCCAUCAUCGAGUCAGGUAAACAGUACUCCAGGAGGAAGAGAAAGCCUUUCCCUCUCAUGUACUCAUACUAUGGCACCGAGUAUCUUGGUGCAGCCCACGGCCUCUCGUCAGUGCUGCAGAUGCUGCUGAGCUAUCAGGACAUGCUCAGUAGUGCAGAGAAAGACCUCGUGUGGCAAAGCAUCGAUUUUCUCAUGAACCAGGAGCAGAACUGUAAUUGGCCUGCAGAGCUGGGCGCCAUCAUUGAGAGAGAGAACGAACUGGUGCACUGGUGCCAUGGAGCUCCUGGGGUGGCGUACCUGUUUGCAAAGGCCUAUCUGAUCAAUAAAAGGCCCCAGUAUCUGGACACGUGUAUCCGCAGUGGGGAGCUCGUGUGGCAGAAAGGUUUGCUGAAGAAAGGGCCUGGGAUUUGUCACGGAGUUGCCGGCAGUGCUUACGUUUUCCUCCUGCUCUAUCGGCUCACAGGAAACUCAAAAUACAUCUACCGCGCUCAGAGGUUUGCCGAGUUCCUCUUCACUGAAGAGUUUAAGACCGGUUCCCACUCAGUGAGCAGUGUCUUCAGUCUGUUUGAAGGCUUAUCUGGGACGGUUUGCUUCCUUGUUGACCUCCUGCAGCCGGACCAGGCAGAGUUCCCUCUUUUCAGUGUCUUUGUGUGAGUGGGAAGCACUGACCUCUGCAGACGUCUCUCCCUCCUUUUGAAAUCCCUUGAAAGUUGACUGUAGAAACAUGGUCUUGUUUUUUUUUUGUCUUUACUUAAGUGAAUAUUCAGCUCAUUCAUUCCACUUACUGUUAAAUUGAUGAUUUUUAAAUUUACAGUUUAGUCGGUGUAGUAUUUUCAAACAGUGAGGCACACAUCCCCAGGAGAGAUGAGGGGAUGUCAUGGACUGAAAGAUGUGAGGUUUUGAGUCAUUCACAACAUUUGAUCUCUGUGUGACAUCCUAAUCCAGUUUUAAAGUUUCCCUCCGUAUUUGUCCAGAAGCAAGAAACGUACAGUAUGUUUUCAAUCUUAUGUUUCUGCAAACCACUGUGAGCUUUGUGAAAAAAUAUCACUAGUUAUUUACAUUUCUAAAGACAAGCAUACCAAUGUGAUAGAGUUCUACCCACUAUAGUUUUUGGCUGGAAUGAGGCUGAUGAUAACCAUUUAAUGGUAAAGAUAGGAAAAACAUCAAACACAUGGGGAUGUCCUCAUAAUAAAUAUAUAAAAAAACAAAUAAACAAAAGAAAACCUGUGUCACAGCUUUGAAAGACUCCAGGAUGACACAACAAUGUUAGGUCUCGACCUCCAACUGUUGUCCAGAUGUAUCAGGUGUUGCACCUUCACCAACCUCUCCACCUCCCGAUUGAAUUAAGAUAAAAAUACUUAAGAACCAUAUCUCUUUUAUAAAUGUUGAUAUGACACAUAUAAAUCCAUUUGCUCCAGAAA